AUGCGCCUUCUUUUUCCUCUUCUUUUCAUUUUCCUCUUCUCCACCAUCUCGUCUCAACCUACCUCGGCUCAACCGGCUCGCAACCAAUCGAUGAAAGAUGCUCGCGAGUGGUUGAAAUUUCAAAUGGAUUGGUUCACGUACAUGUUGCAGUCAGGCGAUAGAGAGGGGAUGAAGCAAUACUAUUUCUUCAUUAAUCCAAACGACAAGGCUGAAGUGAACGCAUUAUUCGAUGAGUUCAGUAACCAUACCUUGGUGUCGAAAGAGGCGUGGUAUUUGUCAAGAUAUCGGAUUGAUGGAUAUGUUGAGAAAAUACUGCCCAGAGAAGGGAACACCGUGGGACUGUAUUAUGACGCCGUCAUGUUGAAAAACGCCUGGAGCCCAACUGACUGGAAGUUGGCCUUGAAAUCUACUGGAGUCUAUCAUACCAAGACUGAUUGA